UCUGGCUGCAGUCUGGUAUAAGUUCCUCCCUUUUCCUCCUCUAUCCCACCACCUUCAAUCCUCAUUCCACAGUCUCUCACUCCCUCCCGCUUCUCGCUCCCUCUCCCUUUAUCCAUCCGCCUUUGGCCUCUGCGACUCCCCAUCGCAUUCACUCUGCUCUCUCCACUCCUCUGCACUCGCCAUCAUGCUGUCCCUCCCAUUUUUACUCUGCACUGCCCUUGCCUUCGCAGCUUCUGCCUUGGCCUUGGCUGUACCUCGCGCUGUGUCGGGCUUUCCCGAUCCCGUCGUAGACCCGUUCUACUCGCAGCCGAGCAACAUUGCCUCCUACUCGCUCGGCCAAAUCAUUGACACCCGAGCAACGGUGUCGACCUUUGCUAGUCCGAGCUUGGAGAAGAGCUAUCAAAUCAAAUUCAGAAGUCAGAACGCGCAAAAACAGCCCAUUGCGGCCGUCACCACUGUGCUAGUGCCCACGAAGAAGACCCUCUCCUCAUCCGGCCAAGCAUCCAUGCUGAGCUUCCAAAACUUUCAAGAUUCUGUCACCCUCUCGUGCUCCCCAAGCUGGGCCUACGUCGCGAAUUCUGGAAGCCCAGCUGCGUUGGCGGCCAACCUCGAGGCUCCCAUUGUCAACGGAUGGGCUCUCGACCAGGGCUAUUACGUCAGUAUACCGGACCAUGAAGGCCCGAGCUCUUCGUUCAUCUCCGGCACCAACGCAGGUCACAUCGUCCUCGACGGUAUCCGCGCUGCACUCACAUCAGAAGGAUUGUCCACCAAGACACAGAUUGGCAUGUACGGCUACAGCGGCGGAGCUAAUGCGGGAGUCUUCGCCUCAUCCCUCGCCCCGAGCUAUGCAAAAGAGCUCAACGUUGUCGGUGUCAGCCUCGGGGGUACGCCCGUGUCGCCACAAGACACCUUCUACCAGCUCAAUGGUGGAUUCGCUUCUGGCCUUGCUGGUGCUGGGGCUGUGGGAAUUGCCUCAGCCUAUCCGGAUGUUCAACAGUAUCUCGAUACCCACAUCAACGCUAAGGGUAAACCAGUCAUUGCAGGACUCAAGUCUGAUGGCACUUGCGUCGGCCAAGUCGUCGCUGAAUACGGAUUCAUCAACUUCUUCGACCUGAUUACACCAAAUCAAGAUUUCCUACUGGUUGCGCCCGCCCGCAAGGCCUUAGCAAAAGAAACGUUGCUGCAGACUCAAGCCAGCUACACGGUACCUGUGCCGAAGCAUCCGAGGUUCAUCUACCACGCACUGACCGAUGAGCUCGUACCCUUCAAUAGCUCACAGCUCUACAUUCAAGAACAGUGUGCCGGAGGUGCCGACAUCCGCAGCAUCGUCUACCCUGUCGGAGAGCACAUUACCACAGAAAUCUUGGGCAUCCCUUCGGCUCUUGCUUUCCUCGGCAGCGCUUUCGCUGGAACGUUAGGAAGUGUUGCCUGCGGCACUAUUAUACCCGAUACUCCUCUUGGAAGCGCAGCUUCUGUCAAGGUGCUUGGUUCGGCAAGAGAUUCUGCGUUACAGAAGGCCAAGAGCGACGGAUCAUGGAAUCUUUGAUCGCCGGCGGCCGGAGGAGUCGCGAGGUCGGGUCGAACGCCACCACCGAUGCGGAAAGCAGACAAAACUAGCGAGUGGGGUUACCGCCCUCUGCUGCUUCUUGAGACGCUGCAGGCUUGAUUCGAACCAGUAUCUCUGUAUCUGAUCAGAGACUUAAGCUUCGUACUCGUCAUGCGCCACCAAAGAUUGUUCACAGUGCUCAGCAGGUCCUCGUUCCUCUGUGUGACUUAGCCCUUCCCUCCAUUCGAUGCAAGCGUACAUGCGUCUCUGUGUAGAAUCUCGUCCCGGCGCAUCGCUAACUGUGAAGCGUUGGUGACUUCUCUCCACUUUACCUCAGAGAAGACGCUUCAAGCACCUGAACACUACAGGGACCUAGCAAGAGCAGAUCAUCGGGGAGGAGAAACACAGGAAUCAUUUAGAAUUGUGGAAUAUCGCAUUCUGGGGGCGGUAGAGCGUCGUCAUUGCUAGCUCGCUGUACUGCAA